UAAAAGUUAAGCUUUGGGGAUCGGUUUUGACUAAAAGUCUACAGCAACUUGAACUUCCUUUACUCUUAUCUCUCUUUACGGUAGUUCUAGGGUUUCCCUCCUCCGACCGAUCUCUAAUGAAAAAAGAAGUUGAAGAUUAAACUAUUGAAAUCAAGAUCAACAGGUUUUGUAUCUUUUGAUGCUUGAACUUGAAGUGAUCAAACAUUGAUUCCAAUCAUGGGUCCAUUUAGAAGAACAAGAUGCAAGAGUGGUGCUUCUAAAAAAAAGGCAAAGGCAAGAGCUGAAAAACUUAAGAAUUCUCUACGAGGAUCAAUGAAUAAAUAUUUGGUUUCAAAUAAUAACAUCCAUGAAGAACCAAUGAAUGACAGUGAUGAAGAAUGGGAAAAUAUGGUUAAUGAGAUGGAAGAAAAUGGUGAUUUUUUGUUGGAGAAUGAUGAAAAUGCACAUGGUCAAAAUGAAGAAGCAAUGGGGCAAGAAAUGUCACCACCAAAUACACAUGAUGUCCAGCGAGAAGAAGAUCCAAGUGGGGAAGAAUUAUCAUUAUCUGAUACAAAUGAGAUUGUGCAAGAUGAAGUUGAACAUAAAGAACAUGGACCAGUGAAUAUUUAUGAUCCGGGAAAUUGGGGUACCAAUAUUAGCCCAAGUGUGAGAGAUAUCUUGGUAAAGAAAGGUCCAAUAAGAGAAAUAGAUAAGAAUUUUUGGUUUCCUCUUGAUAAAUAUAACAGAUGCUUCAAUCAUGAUCACUACAUACGAAAGAUGGAGAAUGGGGAAAGUUGGGACAGGAAAUGGCUAGUGUAUUCAAGUAUCGUGGAUAGAGUUUUUUGUUUUUGCUGCAAGUUAUUUAAACAAGAUGGAAAAAAGUUUCAGUUAGAUACAAAAGGUUCUAAGGAUUGGAAGAACGUUAGUGCUAAACUUAGCGCCAUGAAACUUCUUCAAGACAUAUUAUAAAUCUUAAUAAGUGGGUUGAAUUGGAAAAAAGAUUGCAGAAGAAGGUAACCAUAGACAAGGAGAUGCAGGAACAGAUCAAGAAAGAGAAGGAUUAUUGGAAGCAAGUCUUGAUAAGAAUAGUGUCCCUUGUUAAAACUCUUGCCAAGAAUAAUUUGGCUUUCCGUGGAGAUGUCGACAAAAUUGGAGAAGCACAUAAGGGUAGUUUUUUGAGCUUUAUUGAAAUGAUUGCUGAAUUUGAUUUGGUAAUGCAAGAACAUCUUAGGUGUGUCAAAGAUCAUGAAAUUCAUCACCAUUAUCUAGGACCGAAAAUCCAAAAUGAAUUGAUUUCAUUGUUGGCACGUCAUGUGAGGGAUAAAAUUGUUAAAAAAAUUCAAGAAGCCAAAUACUUUUCUGUGAUACUUGAUUGUACUUCGGACAAAAGUCGUGAAGAACAAAUGUCUGUUGUUAUAAGGUGUGUAGAGACGACGGGAGGAUCCAAUAUGAGUGGAAAGAACCAGGGGGUGCAAAACAGGUUACUUGAGGUAAAUCCUAGAGCAUUUUACAUGCCAUGUGCUUGUCAUAGUCUCAAUCUUUUGAUUUUGGAUAUGGCUAAAUCAUGUCCUAAAGCAGUAACAUUUUUUAAGAUUGUGCAACAUUUGUAUAAGUUUUUUUCAGCAUCUACUAAGCGUUGGCAAGUGUAUCAAGAUAAGGUUGGUGGUCUCACAGUUAAAGCAUUGUCAGAUACGCGAUGGGAAAGCCAUAUUGAGGCUCUUAGUAAGUUGAAAAUUUUGAAAAUUUAUACUUGGGAUGGUUGUUUGGCACCAUCUACUGCUUGUGGUUAAUUCAGUUAGUAAGUUGCUUCAAAAUAAGGAUAUGCAUCUCGAUACUGCCGUGAAGAGAUUUAAAGAUCUUGUUUCUUUCAUUGACAAUUAUAGAAAGACUGUAUUUGAGAAUUCGUUGAUUGAAGCUACAGCGGUCGCUGCAACAAUGGGGAUUGAACCUCAUUUUCCAGAAAAACGCAUAAUUAAAAGAACAAGACAUUUUGAUGAUGAAAGUGCAUCCGAAGAAGCACCACCAUCAGGUAAAGAUUCCUUUGAAGUUAACUAUUUCAAUUACAUAUUAGAUCAAGCUAUAUCUUCACUCACUAGUAGAUUUGAACAAUUUCAAGAGUUCGCGGAAAUUUUUGGAUUCUUAUAUAAUGUUGAUCAGUUGCGUUCUCUUGAUGAUGAUAUCUUAUUGGAUUCUUGUAUCAAUCUUGAAAAUCAUCUAAAGCAUGGUAUGAGUUCCGACAUUAAUGGGCAUGACUUAUAUGCGGAAUUCAAAGUUUUAAAAAGUUAUCUGCCAGCCGAAACCGGUAAAGCAAUUGAUGUAUUGAAUUUCUUAAAGGAUAUGGAAGGUUGCUACCCGAAUGCGUUUAUUGCAUACAGAAUCUUAUUGACAAUUCCAGUUACAGUCGCCUCGGCUGAACGAAGUUUUUCGAAGUUGAAUUUAAUCAAAAAUUAUCUUCGGUCGACGAUGUCACAAGAAAGGUUGAAUGGGUUAGCAAUGUUGUCUAUUGAGAUUGAGAUGUUAGAUAAUAUUGAUUUUGAUAGUAUAUUUGAAGAUCAGUUUUUAUCAUGAGAUAAAUGUACUUGCUUUAUGGUUUUAGCCUCAUUUUUGUUGCAGUAUCGCUUGACAGUGUAAUGCUAUCUCAAAUUGCUAGAAUUCUUGUUAUUUUGCUUAUAUAGGCCCCCAUUUAAGUAAGUUCGCCUAGGGCCUCUAAAACCUUUGGUACGUCCCUGGCUGUAUGGGUGAUAUUUCAGACGUACAGGGAGAUAAUAAUUGCAGCUGGUGGUCUAACUUUGGAAGGAGUAGGAUUCGGAAAGGAGAUGAGCUGUUUUAUGCGGCCGGAGUUCGCUAAUCGCCUGAAUUUGGUUGAGCUGGUUUUGUGUUUGGUCUAGGAAGGAAGUCUGUGGAUAAGCUGUGAAAUUGCAGCCGCUGGUUCUUCUCGUAUUUCUACCAGUUUCGAACUAGCAAGGGAGAGGAAUGAAGUGUAGCAGCUAAGUUAGGCUGGCGGAGGAUAGCCAAUGAGAAGAUGAAGAGAAGAAGUUUAGGCCGUGACCUGAGUUGAGAAGUGAGUUGGCUGUUAUAUCGAAUGGAGUUGAAUAUGAGAAUGAAUGAGUGCUACUGGUGAAGUCGUGAUGGAGAAUAUUUUAUGGCUGAAGCAACGAACUGGUACAUCAAAGAUAGAGAAGGGUUUGUAUGUUAGCCGAUGAUCGAGGAGAAGAACGGACACCAGUAUGUUGUGGUUUGAGAUCGAGUGGCUGGAAUUCCAUCGUCAGGUGGUGAUUGUAAUGAUGUUAAUCGAGUUGUGUAAGUUCAGGGCACAUGAUUGAACUGAUUGUUACUGAUGGAGUUAGGAGUUGGAUGAUCAGAAACAGGCAUUAGCCGGACUUUGGAAUGGCCUGGAUGUAGAAUUCAGUUUGGGUAUUGGACUUGGCUUAUUGGGCAUUUAACGGCUGGGUCUCACUCGCACAUCUUCACGGCUCCACAUAUAUUUAGAUUGAGAAGAACGAAAAGGGGGAGCUGCGGAGACACAGCCGAUUAGGGUUGAAAGUUCUUUUUCAUUUUUUGUUUCGAUUAGCUAGGAUUUUUAUUUCUAUUGAUUCAUGGCUUUUAAGAAAGUCAUGGCUGGCUAAUCCAUGUUAGGGUGAAAGGAUGAACUUGUAGACUGAUUUAUUUGUGUUUUUGAAACAAGGAUUUUCUAUAAUAUGAGCUUAAUGAUUAUGGUUU